UAUAAGUACUGUCAACAACACGAUCGGUUGCAUGGCGAUGGUUGACAUUGUUCACCUUCCAUAACGGUAUUUGAUCAUCUUGUCCUCUUUUGUUUUUUUGUGGAACUUCACCUAAGACUACCUUGGCACUGUGGCAUAAAUGCCUCAUAUAAAAGACUUGCAGCUGGCCGUGUUGUUAUUCUGUCUGAGCUUUUCUGUCUCCAUCUUUACCUUCUGACCCUAGUCGCUGUGCGUCUUGAAGCUUCAACUUUUGGGCUUGAUGCUCAAUUGCCUUGAUUUCAAUUUCUGACACUUCAAACAUUCAACCUUGACCAAUCACGAUGUUCUCGAGCUUAUUCCUGGCCUUUGCUGUAGUGUCGCUGGCGCAGGCCGUCCAGUUUAACGUCACUGUUGGUGGAGGACCAUUAAGAUAUGAUCCGCAAUUUAAUGCGAACCCUGGAGAUACCAUCAUCUUCACUUUCAAACAAUCCAACCAUACGGCUUCCCAAUCUACUUUAGCCCAGCCAUGUGUAAAGGCGUCCAAUGGAUUUGACUCUGGCUUCAUGCCAGUAUCAUCCACCAACACGAACGGCCCGUUCCCUGCAGCACAAUAUACGGUGCAGGACAUGAACCCAGUUUGGGUGUACUGCAAACAAGGCAAUCACUGCCAGCAGGGCAUGGUCUUCGCCAUCAACCCAGGCACUCAGUUUGCUGCGUUUCAAGCAGCGGCCAUGGGCAAUACCACAGUCUCUUCAUCCUCGUCUGCUUCGGUCACUGCAACUGCGACUGCUCCCACCGGGGUCAUCACUGCUACCGCGACUAUCACUGGAGGUGGUCAGACUGUGACUACAACCUACGGUUCGUUCCCUGGUAGUGCGGCACCAACGAGCGUAACAAGCACGGAUCAUAAAGUUGUUGUUGGCGGCUCGACCCUGACGUAUACGCCAUCGAAUAUUACUGCACAAAUCGGGGAUACGGUCACGUUCCAAUUCAUGCAAAAGAAUCACACGGCAACGCAGAGUACCUUUGCGGAUCCGUGCCGCUCGCUUACUCUCACGUCUACGAGUGGACAAGUUGGGUUUGAUUCUGGAUUCAUGGCCGUUGGAUCUAAUGCGACGACAUUCCCAACGUAUACGAUCCAAAUCAAUAAUACUGCACCAAUUUGGGUAUAUUGUAAACAGUCUGGACACUGUGGGCAAGGCAUGGUGUUCUCUGUGAACGCGGUUGAGUCCGGAGCCAACAACUUUGCUGCAUUCAAGGCGCAAGCAAUCCGACUCAACGGGACCUCUUCGACAUCUUCGACAUCCUCGACCACGAGUACAGGAGUACAAGCUACACAAACGAAGUCGGGUGGUGCGGUGAAGAUGAAUGAUCGUGGGACAAGGGUCUUGGUUGGCAUUGUGGGAGUGGUGUCAAUGGUUGGCAUGUUCCUGGCGUGAGGUUAUCAUUAUGAGAUGUACCUUAUCGCAAUUCUUUCAAUUUUGGUGUGUAAUGUAGCCCGCUGGUAUAUUGUACUAUUCGCUGUAGUCAAUGUGGAUUGAAUUGUGUGUUAACAGUCGCCGAUUAUGUAAUACACUUCAAGUUAUUGGGAGGUGAA